GGAUAUCCAUUAUACUCACACAAAGUAGGCACAGUAUUGCAUACCACCUACAGUUAUUGUGAACAGGAGGCAUCAAUAGGUAAGGCUUUGUGGCAUCAGGUGACAACAGCAGUCAUUCUCAGACAAAAUAUGAGACAAAAUAAGCAAAGUCCUGAUGAUGCCAAGCUUAGAAAGGCACUGGAAAAUCUACAAUACAAAUCAUGUACAGAGUCUGUCACAAUGUGCUCUGCCACAGUCCCCUGGGGAGAUGAAAAACCAAAGCUUAAUCAGCCUAGAUUCAGAAAUAUAUUUGUGAUCACAGCAUGGAAUGCAUACAGAGAUAAAAUAAAUGAGCUGGGCUGUGCAAGAUUUGCAAGGGAAACUGGACAACAACUAGUUACAUUUUACUCUGAGGACAAAUCUGCUGCUAUAGUUGAUCCUUCAAGAUCCCCCAAUAUAGUCGAGCCAGAGCUGCAGCAGAUAUUAUGGGAAUUUCCUCAUGAAUGCACUGAUAACCACCCAGGUAAACUGACUUUGUGCAUGGGUUUACCAGUCAUGAUUAAAACCAAUGAGGCAACAGAGUGCUGUGUAACCAAUGGUGCAGAAGGCAUUGUAGCUGGAUGGAAAGUCAGACCACUACCUGACAAUAGAGUGGCACUGGAUACAUUGUUUAUUAGACUUACUUCAGCACCGACCUCUAUUCAGCUGGAGGGACUGCCUGAAAAUGUGAUACCAAUUUCACACCAACCAUUAAGGAUUUUAUGCAAAAUGCUUAAUGACAAAACAUUGACAAUUCUAUGUGAUCAGGUUGCUGUGAUUCCUAAUUUUGCUAUGACAGACUUUGGCUCUCAGGGACGCACAAAACCUGACAAUGUUGUGGACUUGCAAAACUGUAAAAGUCAUCAGUCUAUAUAUAUCUGUUUGUGGAAAGGAUCUACUUAUGAUGGCAUGAUUAUUGUACAAGGCUUUGACAAGCAGAAAAUGACUGGUGGGAUUAGUGGAUCAUUAAGACAG